AUGCCUUGCAAACUCGCGAUAAGCUCCAUGUCCCUGGGUCGGUGCUUCGCUGGCCACUCCUUCGAGAACAAGCUCGACAUGGCCCAGAAGUACGGAUAUCAGGGCAUCGAGCUAUUUUACGAAGAUCUCGUCGAUAUCGCCCAGAAGAAGUGCAAUGAACCCUUUUCAUCAGAUGGUCCUUCCGAAGGUUCCCAGAUGGCCGCCGCCCGAGAAGUCCAGCGUAUAUGCCAGUCCAGAGGCCUCGAGAUCGUAUGUCUACAGCCUUUCAUGCAUUACGAGGGCCUUGUGAACCGAGAACAACACGGCCGCAUGCUGCGAAAGUUCGAACUUUUUAUACGCCUUGCCCACAUCUUAGAGACCGACAUCAUUCAGGUUCCUUCCAACUUCCUUCCCGCGAGCCAGGUCACAACAGACUUGGACCUCAUCGUGUCAGACUUGCAGCAUGCAGCUGAUAUUGGCCUGAGAGCCUCGCCGCCCAUCCGUCUCGUAUAUGAGAGUCUCUGCUGGGGUACACGAGUGGACACCUGGGAGAAGUGCUGGGAUGUCGUGCGGCGUGUUGACAGGCCUAACUUUGGAAUCUGCCUAGACAGCUUCAAUAUCGCCGGGAGGAUAUAUGCAGACCCCACGUUACCGACAGGACGCACACCUGACGCUGAUGCCGCGGUAGAGAAGUCCAUGGCGCGGCUGGUCAAGACUGUCGACGUGAGCAAGGUCUUUUAUGUGCAGAUCGUCGACGCUGAGCAACUGCAAGAACCGCUCGUGGCUGGCCACAAGCUCUACGAUGCGGAUCAGCCGGCAAGAAUGAGCUGGUCUCGUAGCUGCAGGCUAUUUUAUGGCGAGGAGGACCGUGGUGCGUACCUUCCCGUCAAGAAAGUGGCGGACACCAUCUUCCACGGGCUCAAAUUUCAAGGUUGGGUCAGCCUGGAGCUGUUCAACCGGAGAAUGUCCGAAGAGGGUUCGGAAAUCCCGGAAGAACUUGCCAGGCGCGGGGCAGUAUCCUGGAAGAAGCUCGUGCAGGACAUGAAGCUGCAGACCAGAACUUCAGAGCCCGUACGUAUUUCAGCGUCUUUGUAA